CAGAACCACCGCAGGUUAAAGUCCCAUCUCCACUCAGAUAUGCACGUCAGCCUACAAGGAGAUAAUAAUCCAAUAACUAUCAAUCACCAGCUUUCUGAGUGUCAGAGUGAGGUAGCGCAUAACUGAGAGAACAGCCCACCUGAGUGAGACCACUGUGAACAGAACACAGUUCACUUCCACACUGACGGAGUCCUCCUGUUCACACGAUGAUCAUCUUCACCUCCAUGCUGGCUUUACUCUGCAGUUGGAUCUCUGUAUCAGUGUCAGAGUUUCACACUGUGGAGGUUCAGCCUGGUGAAGAAGUCACACUGAUCUGCUCUAACUUUAGCAGAAUACCCGUUCACAUACUUUGGUUCAAACUUGUCAACGAACCCAACGCUAGCUGGAUCUCCUCUAUGUUAUCGUCUGAUUCCAAUGCUACGCUACGUGAUGGAUAUAACAACAGUAAAUUUAUUAUGACUUCCAACAACACAAACAUUUUUCUGAAAAUCAAACAACUGGAUUUCUCCGACUCUGGACUGUAUUUCUCUGGCUAUUAUAAAGACGAACACCCGGUUAUUUUUGGUGCAACAUAUUUACAGGUUGAAGAUGUGGUUAAUGGGUUAGCCAGUGUGCUGAAUGUGGUCUUUGCCUGUCUGACUGUUUUCCUGCUAAUGGUCGUCAUCGGUCAGGCUUUCAGAAUCAGGACAUUUCAUACUGCUCAAACUGAGAGACAGAGUCCACAACACAGUCAGAACCUGGACUCUGAUGCCCUGAACUACACAGCUCUGAGUUUCCCUCUCAAAGCCAACAGGACCAGAACAUCAGCACUAGAGACGGAGAUGGAGCCACAUGUGGUUUAUGCUGCUACGAGAUAGACUCACCAACCCAGUGACUGCAGCUCAGAGGGAAAAUUAUCCUUUGACUUUCUAUCUGUUAGCGAAGCAGUAAGAUGGAAGAGGUGUGAGCAGAGGUCUGAUGGCAUCCAGAUAGAGUUGGAGAAAAUAUCAUGUCAUAUAAAACAGGAAGAAUCAUCACAGUUUAGUGGAAAAACACAACACGAGGACUCUAUUAACCAUGUUUCUAUCUCCAGAUGUUUGGCUGAGAAAUACCAAGAUAACAGCCAAUGUAUGCAAAAGGUUCUUCUUCACAGCAAAGCCGCAUUGAGAUUUUCCACUGUGGUUUCAGCAAACUGCAAAAUGAAAUCCCAACCUUGCUGAGACUGUUAGCUGUCUGCAUUAUAACCACGAAACAGCGGUACAAUGAGAAUUACUCCAACACGUUAUUUAGCUCUGAAUUGUGGGUAAAACAU